CAACUUUUUAAAGAUCGAAUGAUAUUAUAAUAUGUAGAACUACAAUCAUACAUAUAAGUAGUUUAUCCUUGACAUUGCGUCCGAAGCAGGCGAAUCUCUGAAUACAUCUAAAUUCUAAUCAAGGUCAACUUAAAUUUUAGCAGUCGGUAUUUUAUUUCACGCUGUAUUUAUCAACUGGAAACACCGACGCCAGAAGGGCAUCCUAUACCAGUGGUAUUCAGAAACGUUGGCCAAAAAUAUUUUGAUGUCAACCACAUAACAAUGCCACCGCUCACAUCAUCCUUAUUUGGUUGGGGACGGUGAAAGAGAAACAAUAAAAGAAAGGAAGAAUAAAAAACGAUACUUUUCAGAUUGUCCACAACCAUGUUACCCGGUUGGGUCAGGAAACGGUUAAUCCAAUGGUUAGAAGACCACCGAGAGUUCGUUGUGUGCGCAUUCUGUUUGCCAGCGAGUUUCUUGUUCACUCUACUUCUGCAAUUGCGAGCUUUUGUACGAAGACUAAACAGUGACCCUCAACGGCAUGACAGUGCGGUGCGGGAAAUACAAUCAAACGUCCAAAAAUGGAACAAACUACCUCCAAAAGACCGUCGCCUUCUGUGCACAUCUCGGCCCAACUGGCUGUCUCUAAGCACCACAUUCUUCGAGAAGCACCUUCACCACCAAGUUGCAAUACCACUAUAUGACAUAUUGGAGCUGGAUGAAAAAGCAAUGACUGUUCGGGUGGAACCCAUGGUGACUAUAGGGGACAUAACGGAGUAUUUGAUACCUAGAGGGUACUCCUUGGCUGUUACUAUUGAAUUGGUUGAUGCUACGUUGGGAGGUCUUGCCUUCGGAACUGGUAUGUCAACACAUUCGCACAAAGCGGGGCUUUAUCAUGAAACCAUUACAAGCUAUGAAGUAGUUCUUGGCGAUGGUUCCCUGGUUACCGCUGCAGCAAACAAUGAGCACUCCGACCUCUACAAAGCUCUACCCUGGUGCCAUGGCAGCUUAGGGUUCCUAGUAGCUUUGACCUUGAAAAUAGUCAAAAUAAAACCGUACAUAAAAAUCAAGUAUAUCCCAGUCGAAGGGCAGAAGAACUACUGUGAUAUGCUAAGAAAUGUUUCAGGGGCUAACCAAGCUGAACCAACCUACCAUCCGGACUAUAUAGAAGGGACUAUAUUUAGCAAAGAUAAAGCGGUUAUUAUGACUGGUGAUUACUCAGACUAUGACAGAAAAAUCACGGUAAAUUAUUGCUCAAGAUGGUAUAAACCCUGGUUUUAUAAACAUGUUGAAUUUAUACUAGAAAAGGGAGAAAAAAUUGAAUUAAUUCCUUUAAGAGACUAUUUGUUAAGGCAUAACAGACCUAUCUUCUGGGUUGUAGAAGACAUGAUAAGUUUUGGGAAUGAUCCGAUUUUCAGAACAUUAUUCGGCUGGCUUCUUCCCCCUAAACCAGCAUUUCUUAAAUUCACGACCACCCCUGGUGUCCGGGCGUACACUUUUACCAAACAAGUGUUCCAAGAUAUUGUCCUACCUCUACAAGAAUUAGAGAAACAGAUUGCAGUUGCGAGCGAAUUGUUCGAGAAAUUUCCUCUACUAGUUUACCCGUGCAAAAUAAUUGAUCACGGUCCAAUGUCGGGUCAGUUGCGUCGACCUCAAGGGAAGUACAUCGUUCCUCAAACGAACUACGCAAUGUAUAACGAUUUAGGAGUUUACGGCGUCCCUGGGAAGGUAAAAGAGAAGAAACCGUACAAUCCAGUUGACGCAAUGAGAAAGAUGGAGAAGUUUACACGCGAUGUUGGCGGUUAUUCAUUUUUGUACGCGGAUAUUUUCAUGACAAGGGAAGAAUUUGAGGAAAUGUUCGAUUUAACUCUGUAUGAGGUUGUGAGGAAGAAAUAUAAAGCGGAAGGCGCGUUCCCGCAUCUGUAUGAUAAAGUUAAACCUGAGAUUGAUGUGUUCGCGAUAGGCGAAGAGAAUGCUAUACAAGCGUAGUGAUUGUAUAAAAUUGGUACAGUAAAUAAAUCGACUCGUAUUUUUUGGAACCUCAUAACCUUA